AUGGUUCGCAAUCUUGUCGUCAUCGGAGGUAACUCCCACCCUCAGUUGACUCAGAGCAUUUGCGGUGUCCUUGGCAUUCCUCCCGCGGAGGUUCUGCUCUCAAAAUUCGCCGUGGGUGAGACUCGAGUUGAAAUCCAAGAGUCCGUCCGUGAAAAGGAUGUCUAUAUCAUUCAAUCCGGCGGCGGAAAAGUCAACGACCACCUGCUAGAGCUUCUCAUCACCAUUUCCGCCUGCAAGACUGCCUCUGCCCGCCGAGUCACCGCCGUCCUCCCUCUUUUCCCUUACUCUCGUCAGAGUGACAUUCCUUAUGACAAGGCCGGCGCUCCCCUCGUCAAGGCAUCUGUGGGGGGUAAAUCCGGCAAUGGCUACACAUUCGAGAGCACCCCUGUGACUCCGGCUCCUGGUGGAAAAACCGAAGGCCUGGGCUUGAUGAAUGGAAUGGAAAGCCUCCAGAAGAGUCUUGCCAAGGCUCAGAUUGAGGACAGCACUGGCAGCCCUGUGAAGCGGCGGGUCAACGGUCUGCCCCGCAGCGACACAACAGAUUCCCUCAAGUCUAUGAGCAACGGCACCGACGACGCAGCGAGCAGCACCUCCAAGAUCAAUACCUUCCAGCCGCGUCCCGGUUACAAACAGUGGGUUGCACAGGCCGGCACCCUGGUGGCAGAUUUGCUUACCUGCGCCGGCGCCGAUCACAUCAUCACCAUGGAUUUGCACGACCCGCAGUACCAGGGAUUCUUUGAUAUCCCCGUCGAUAACCUUUACGGCCGACCUCUUCUGAAGAGCUACAUUCAGCGCAACAUCCCAAAUUACAAGCAGGCUGUCAUUGUCAGCCCCGAUGCUGGAGGUGCCAAGCGCGCUACGGCAAUUGCUGACCAAAUGGGCAUGGAGUUUGCCCUGAUCCACAAGGAGCGCCGCCCCACCAAAAUCACUGACCGCCAGAAUGCUACCAUGAUGUUGGUUGGCGAUGUCCGUGAUCGGAUAACCAUUCUGAUUGAUGAUCUGGCGGAUACCUCCAAUACGAUUACUCGCGCUGCCAAGUUGCUCAAGAAGGAAGGCGCAUCUCAGGUAUAUGCCCUUCUCACUCAUGGUAUCCUGAGUGGUGACGCUAUCGAGCGCAUCAACGCCAGUGCCCUUGACAAGGUCGUUGUGACCAACAGCGUGGAUCAAGUUGAACACUUGCGCCGGUGCCCAAAGCUCGAGGUUCUGGAAGUCGGCCACGUUUUCGGCGAGGCCAUCCGCCGUGUGCACCACGGUGAAAGUAUCAGCGUUCUCUUCCAGUAUGACUGAUCGCUGUCUAAAUUUUUUU